AUCAUUUGAUAAAUCAAAGCUCAAAGGUUGAUGUGAGAGCAAUACCUCUUACUUCCCGGCAAGGCUUGUAUGAUAUCAGAUCAAACAUAAGAGGCUAGUCUGGUGUAUAUUUUUUUAAUUUUGUUUUUGUGAUACAGUAUAAUUAUGUAUGCAAUAGUUUUAUUCGAUGAAACUAAUACAACAGAUUAUGUGCCACUAACUUGGAUAAGUGGAGUUGACAUCAAUUCACUUGCAUCCAGUGUUAAAAAUAAAGUAUCUGUUAAAGUCUUUUGGCCAAAUGGUAAAAAUUUAAAUCCAACUAGUAUUGCAAAGGCUAAAAAUAAUCUAAUGGAUCCGGAUGUGCAUUGGCCUUUAUUUACUGCUAGAAUACUAGGAAUUGCAGACAGUCUUACUGAAGCACGGUCAAAAGCGAAAAGAGCCGAGGACACCUCCAACCUAGAUACAGCAGAAGAAAAUGCAUUGAAACGUGUUAGAAGGUGUAAAAUGAUUAGUUCUUCUGAGAAUGAAGGAGAAGAUUAUGAUCAGAUUAUACCAAGUAAAAAGAAAACUUGGCACAAAAAAAGAACACCCGAUAAUUUUUGUGUUACUCAAGUAGACAAACCUACUCCACCAUUUAUUCACAAAGAGACUCAUUCAAAAAAAGAAAAUUUGCUGAAUCUUUAUGGAAGUGAUAUUGAGUUGAGCAAUUGCGAGUCUAAUGUUUUACCAGCUGCAAGACUAGACUUUGAAAUAGACAAGUAUUGAUACAAUUAUCUAAUUAAUGGCUAAAUUUAAUGAACCAUUUAUUGCUCAUUGCUCUUGGUAACUUAUAUGAUUGACAAAGUUCUACAUAUUUAUACCUAUAUACAGCAAACUUCUGAUAACUUGAACCUCCAAGGGACCAAGAAAUUAGUUUGAGU